CGACCUUGAAACUUAUUCUCGCGUUGACGUGUUUCCUCUUGUCCUUGAAAAUGACUAGAAACACUUUUCAAGAAUUAUUACAAGAAGCUGGAUGCGUCAUUGACGAGUACAACAAUCGACCCAUAGUUUUCAUUUCUGAGCCUGUGCUAUUUCGCAGAGAACUCUCAUUAAAGAUUAGGAGCGAUCCCCAAUACCCAGACAAUCUCGAUGAGUUCUUUGACAGUAUGAACGCUUACUUACAAGACGUAGACGUGCUUCGAAGGUUUCUUUUACCAGCUACGCUUUCCGAUCAUUUGAUGGAUAACAGGCGGACAAGCAUCUUGGAGAGCGCUAUUAAGACAUUACUCAAUAUCGAUAUCAUCCAGCCAACGUUGAUCACUUAUUUGCUCGAGCGACUACCCGAAUUUUACGAUGAACUGGAAAAUGAUAACUCGAGCUCAUGCACCGCUCGAUUAAUCCUUCAUCAAUUACGAUGGUCGGAGUACAUUGUAGCACCACAGGCACUAACUGGAAAGUUGAUCGAGAUUAUACAAAUUACGCCUACCGUAAUUCAACACGAAAUCAUUACAUCCCUUCCUGAUAUCAUCAACGACUCCGAACAUAAGCCCAUUGUAGUGUAUUUAAAAGAGUUGAUGCACGAAGAUGCCGAGCUGACAGUACCAAUAUUGGAUGCGCUUUCGAAUCUUACACUUCACUCUGAAAGUCUGGAGGAUGUGCGAGACACAGUGUUGGAUCGUCUGGAAUCAGCAGAAUUGGAUGAUUUGGCUGUGAUUAUCAAAUUUUUGCUACAAACGGUCAAGCCACAUACGAUUGAUUUGGUUAUUCUUGGCAUUCGCGAAAAAUUGGACUUUCGUUCUCUUGGAAAAUCCACUAUACCAAGCAUUACACGCAAAGCCAAACAUUCACCAGAAGCACUUAUCCUCGAAUCGAUCAAGUUGGGAUUACAAUUUCAUAAAUUUGUGUGUGACUCAUGGAUCAAGUCAAUUGCUGCCUUACAAACCAAGCCCGCUCACAAGAUCAUUGAUGUAUUGGUCUUAUUUAUCUUGUACUCAAUGACAUCAACAAAGAAAAAAGCCGACCAAAUAUUCCGCAAGAAGAUUGCGGAUGGCCUUAUUACAUCCUCAUUAUUAGAAGAGUCAAUAAUGCAUCAUGGGCAUGGUCUGGCCAGUUAUUGGAAUACAAUCCUUUCACUGUCAGAAAGCUUGUUACGGUCAUCACAGCAACAGAGUGUGCUCAUUCCAUCUUCCAAAGCUCUUUAUAUAAGUGCGUUCAAAUCAAGUGAUGUUUAUUAUCGACAGGAAAUCAUUGGCUCUCUAGUGACACAUAUUGGAAGUGGCUCUGCUACAGAAAUGGAUGUUGCCUUAGACACCCUUCUCCAUCUAGCCAGAACGGACGUCGAUAACAUGGCAGUAUACGAUGUCUUUAUUAAGGGUAUCCUUGAUUAUUUGGACAACCUGACACUACCACAAAUCCGAACACUUUUCAACAUUUUCAGCCUCUUGUCUGUCAUGCCGAAGGCUCGAAAGGAAGGAGACUCUGGUCUUUGGUCCGAAAUAUGUAUCGUCAUUCGCAAGCAACUAUCCAAUCCUCGAGAGAAAUACAAAAAAAUUGGUGUCAUUGCUAGCUUGGCAGCUGUCAAUGUUCUGACCUCUGCCAAACUAUGUGCUUCUGAAGAUGAAUCAGGAGCUGGUUCAAGUAGUACACAACGUGAGAUGACAUCCGAUGAUGCGCACCGCCAUCCACUUAUUCGACAAGCCAUUCAAAUGGUCGAAAUGGCUCUACAACAUUGUCAUGAAUAUCCUGUUUGUCUGGCAAUGGUUUACGAUGAGUUGGCAUACAUGCUUGAACAUGGUGAUAUGGACAAGCGCAUGCAGCUGUAUAUUGCAGAAAGCAUAACUGGCGAUUUUAUCGAGCAAUAUGUUGCAGAUGCGGGUGCUGUCGAGGAGCGUAUCACAAGAGAUGCAAAUCGUCUAGAGGUUCCUGUGAAACCUCAAAACUGGAUGAAUCUUGACGGUCAAGAUGCUGCUAUAGCAAUCGAUUUCUACUCGUUCAUCUGCGACAAUGACGAACGCAAAAAGAAAAGAUCUGUUCUAACUCUGUGUGCGCUUUUCAACUUACUUCAAAGCAGUGAAAAGCUAGGCAACAAUGGAAGUCUAGACGGUAUCGAUGCUCUAGUGGGUUGUGGUCUGGUAUUAUUCAAUCAUACAGAUUUUGACGACGACAUGGUUAAAGAGCUAAAAACCCAUGAUCUGUGGAAUGCGUGUGAUAUUAUAUACUAUGCAAUCAACUGGUGUCGCGAGCUGUUGAAUGUAUUUUCCGUUGUGUGUGACCAAUCGAUCCAUCAAAAAACGGUUCAGCGUGUCAAGAACGUUCUUAUGCUCGAGUCAGCAUUGUGCAAAUUUAUCAAGCAAGCAUCAGGCUAUGCUCCUAUGGAAUUUUAUGCUUCGCUGCCGAUGGCUGGUCUCAAGAACUCCACCUCGCGCACCCUUACUAUAAGCUCGGCUGUGAGUGUACGCGAUUCCCCUGGAGUCGACGACACCUCUGAUACCGAACCGAAACCUGCUAGAAAGGACAAGACCAAUACAAAUGUCGCAUUCAACUCUAUUGAUGCACUGAGACCCCAUAUGCGUGCUUUGAACAUCAAUGUUUUGAGCGUUCUAGCUGCGAGUGAAAACCUUCCUCACAAUGAAGACAAAUUAGACAACCGGGAACUCAGCUACAUUUUCAAAGAUCUAAACGAAAAACUCAAGAAUAAGAUCGUCCCUGCACCUGUAUCCGCGUUUGGAAGGAAAAAACAAGUAGACCAGAACCUGCAUAGCACUGCAAUGCUUUCUCGGAUAAGUGCCCCUGAUCUUGUGAAACAGGUCAUUAAGUAUUUGCCAAGUAUUCUCCAGCGACUGGAAGGGUUAUACGAAGAUAUACAAUUACAUGAUACACAAGCUGGACGAAUUGGAUCUAGCUCCCAGACAAUUGUUCAAUGUACUUCUCUUAUUAUGAACAUUAUCUUUAAGCUCGUUUCUUGGCCUGAAAUAGAAAAUCCUGAACACCGUGAUAUCCUCGAGGACCUCGUUAAAACACUAGCAUCACGUAUUGUUGCCGAUGAAUCACAACACGAUACUUUUGAAGUCACUGUUCGUGAAGUCUUCAAAUAUUUGGCACAUUUUAGCAACAAUAUUCCUGAUGCCACCACAGCAAUCGUCCUCUACAAGACUCUGAUGCGUGUGAUGGUACUCUCUGAUAACGAUCCUGCCCUCAAAGUCGGUGCUCACCAAGUUGUCACACGCAUUUUGGCAACCGACUGGUUCGAUUGGCGAGAUAUCAAGAAACAAAUUAUAUUUUUGGUUGGGCAAGCUAUUGAGCUUGACAAGGAUCCGUUACAAGCUUUGCAUACAUAUGUAAACCAAGUUCUCCCGCAGUAUAACGAAGAGGGACGAUUAGAAGACCAUCCACUUCUACGAGAUGACACCGUCAUAUACUACUACGAGGCAAUGAUAAACCAAGCUGUCAAGGCGUUGCACUUGCUACAAGAAACGGACGACAAUGAUAACGAGAACGAUAAUGUCCUAGACAAGACUGAAAAGCUGGUUAGAAUCUUUGCAAGCAUUACUACGUAUAUCAAGAAGAAAGAUAAAAAGGAGCUGUUUAGCGUCCUGUUGAAAACUGGCCGUGCGUUUAUCGAACAAUUCACAAUGCACUCAAUACCUUACUUUACGGGCGUUUUCAAGUACCACAAGGAACGGAUCGUCGUGAUUUUGAAGAAUUUCCAAUCGUGCACCCGUAUGCUACAGAUUAUCUGUUCACACGUCAAGGUUAUGAAGGACAUCAAGCUAUCUUCCUAUGUCCCCAAGUUAAAGCAGGCGAUGGAAACGGUUAUUUUCCAGGUUAAAAUACUGCUAACAGAAAAUAAUGCUCCUGCUGAUGCAUUCUUCCUUGGUGCGCUAAAACAUCGAGACAUCCGAGGUGCUGAAGUCUCAUCUCAAAUGCCCCGUGAUCUCUCCUCUUCAGAAUCUGAGGCAGAAGAGAACGAAGAGAACCUCGAGGUGGCCGUGGCAGCUCGAUCCCAAGCCAAGCGAAAGAGAAAACAGUCAACAAAACCAACGGCACGCAAGAGUAGAGCGAAGGCUACCGAGGACGAGGACAGAACGAUCAGGACAACAAGUCAAGUUCCAACUACAGAUGAUGAAGGAGAUGAUGAACUUGCGGGAGAUGACGAUGAAGGAGAAGAUACCAUGGAUAUUGAUCUCAACAGUACCGAUGAAGAAGAGCAACAGUCUGCGUCUGCUCGUGAUCGAGGGCCUCACCUUAUGUCGUUGUCGCCACCACCCAUCCAUGGGAUGCAAAACUCCGUAGCGUCAGUCGAACAAAUCGAGUUGACACCAUCUCGGAAAGAUGGCAUUCCAGAAGAGUUGGAAGAAUCACUACGAAAUUUUGGUUGCGAAUUUAUACAAAGUGCCGGCAUCUUGCUCAAACUCCCACAGGUAGCCAUGGCAACCGCACAAGUUUUGUUUCAACGAUUUUAUUACAUGGCUAGUUUAAAAGAUUUUGGUAUAGUGGAAAUUGGUAUGGGAGCAUUAUUUCUCGCUUCAAAAGUAGAAGAAUCAUUUACCCGGCUUACGUAUAUGGUGUCCGUAUAUGAUUGCUUGUUAAAACGCGCUCGGAAACAGCCUACAUAUCCUCCACUGGAUGCAUUUUCGCAGCAAGCUUACGAUUUAAAAAACAUGAUUAUCACCGGUGAAAUGCAAAUAUUGAAGCGCUUAGGGUUCAAUGUCCAUGUUGAGCUUCCAUACGGAUUAAUGAUCAACUAUUUGCGUAUUCUUGGUUUGGAAGAAGAUGAAAAAGUCGCUGGAAAAGCCUGGAACUACCUCAAUGAUGGAUUACGCUCAAAUGUGUACGCAACAUACGAACCAGCAACAAUUGCAUGUGCGGCUAUAUGGCUUGCAUGCCGUGAUCAUACUAUCAAACUACCUCCAGAUUGGUAUCUUUUAUUUGAUACCGAAUACGACAACGUCACCAACGCAGCAGGACAAGUACGGCGAGUUUAUUAUACAAAAAUUGAUCGAGAACGACUGCCACUCUAUGCCGACGAAAUGGACGCUUGGCUGGCCAGAAACUGUCUAUAGUAAAGACAAUAGUAUUUGAGAGCAUUAUCUUCAUCAAUAUCAUCAUUUUCAAAUUUGCAACUAACAUGGUAACUAGUAGUAUAUUGUAUAUGGACAUUUUGUAUGUAAAUAUAAAUUAAGCUUUUUUAGCUAUAAGAAAAAAAAUGGAAUUCAUUAUAUAAGAUUAUUACAACAAUUU